UCUCUCUCUCUCUCUACCAUGUUAACCAAACAUCUUGCACAAGUUUUGGACACAUUAAACAUGAAGGCUCUUCUAAUAUGGGCUGUUUUGCUGAACUUUUACAAACUCCUUCAGACAAGUGACUGCACUUCAACACAUGACCAAGUACUCUCAAUCCAAGUCACAACACACCAACAAGCAGAUAUUGUGAGGAACAUAUCCAGCCAAUAUGAGACAGUUUUGUGGUCACCUGCUUCACCUGAGUACAUCGGAGCACACACUGAGGUGCACCUGUUUGUUCCUGCCAACAACUUGGGGACUGUCACAGACCUGCUGCGGACACACCACCUAACACACCAAGUGCUACUGGACAACACAGAGGAACUGAUCGAGAUGCAGACCAGGAAUGAAUCGUCGGACCCUAGAAGCAGCGCAUCUUAUUAUGAGAGAUACCAUUCUCUGGAGGACAUAUACUAUUGGAUCAAUAAGACUGCCCAGGAACACCCAGACAUGGUCAAAGUCAUCCUGAUUGGCUCAUCAUAUGAAAAACGCCCACUUUACGUUCUCAAGUUGUCUGGACGACAAGAGAGAGCUGAAAAGAGAGCAAUAUGGAUUGACUGUGGCAUUCAUGCUAGAGAGUGGAUCUCCCCAGCUUUCUGCCUGUGGUUUGUGCAAUAUUCCUUGAAUUUCUAUAAUCUAAACAAUGACAUCACUGAGAUGCUGAACAGUAUGGACAUCUAUGUGCUGCCUGUCAUGAACCCGGAUGGAUACAAGUACACAUGGACAACGAACCGAAUGUGGAGAAAGAACCGUUCCUUGAGCAAGGAAAGCAACUGUGUUGGAACCGACCUCAAUAGAAACUUUGACGCAAACUGGGGCACAAAGGGAGCCUCCAACAGGCCCUGUGAUGAGAUAUACUGCGGCCAGUUCCCAGAGUCGGAGCCUGAGGCGGAAGCCGUGGCUAACUUCUUGCGCAGCCACAAAGACUCGGUAAAGCUUUAUCUCUCCAUCCAUUCCUAUGGUCAGAUGCUGCUCUUCCCAUACUCCUGCUCCAAUGAGGAGGUGCCUAACCACGCCGAGUUGGUGAGUUGUUGGGAGAGAUGAAUGGGCGGAUGAAAC